GGGAACGGGCUCCCGGCAGCCCCCGCGGCCUGGAGUCCGUCCCCGCCUCCUCCGGCCGAGCCGGACCGACGAGUCCGGAGGGGCAGCAGCGGGAGCCCCCAGGUUUCCCCAGAUGCCAACUAAACAUUCCUUGUCCUGCCUGAAGAUCAUCGGUGGACACCUCGGCCAUGGCGGCAGUAUCAGAACCGGUUACCUUCAGAGAGUUCUGCCCUUUGUACUAUCUCCUCAGUGCCAUUCCCACAAAGGUCCAGAAGGGUCUCCGUUCCGUCGUGGUCUACCUCACAGCUCUUGACACCAAUGGUGACUACAUCGCAGUGGGCAGCAGCAUUGGCAUGCUGUACCUGCACUGCAGGCGCUCCCACCACAUGAAGAAGUACAACUUCGAGGGGAAAACGGAGCCCAUCACUGUGGUGAAGCUGCUGGCCUGCUUCGACGACCUCGUGGCCGCGGGCACAGCCUCUGGGAGAGUUGCUGUUUUUCAGCUCGUGUCUUCCUUGCCCGGGAGAAAUAAACAACUUCGGAGAUUUGAUGUCACCGGUAUUCACAAAAAUAGCAUAACAGCUCUGGCUUGGAGCCCCAAUGGGAUGAAAUUGUUCUCUGGAGAUGACAAAGGGAAAAUUGUCUAUUCUUCUCUGGAUCUAGACCAGGGCGUCUGUAACUCCCACUUGGUGUUGGAAGAGCCAUCUUCAAUCGUGCAGCUGGAUUACAGCCAGAAAGUGCUGCUCGUGUCUACACUACAGAGAAGCCUGCUUUUUUACACAGAAGAAAAGUCUGUCAAGCAAAUUGGAACACAACCAAGGAAAAGCACUGGGAAAUUCGGAGCUUGUUUUAUACCAGGGCUCUGUAAGCAAAGUGACCUGACGCUGUACGCGUCCCGGCCUGGGCUCCGGCUGUGGAAGGCAGACGUCCAUGGGACUGUUCAGGCCACGUUUAUCUUAAAAGAUGUCUUUGCCGGAGGCGUCCAGCCUUUCGAACUGUACCCGCGUUUGGAACCCUCCAACAGGGGAAGUUGCAGUUUACCUGAGAAACACCUGGGGCUCGUUUCCUGUUUCUUUCAAGAAGGCUGGGUACUGAGUUGGAAUGAGUAUAGCAUUUACCUCCUAGACACCAUCAACCAGGCUACAAUUGCUGGUUUGGAAGGAUCCGGUGAUAUCGUGUCUGUUUCCUGCACAGAAAAUGAAAUAUUUUUCUUAAAGGGGGAUAGGAACAUCAUAAGAAUUUCAAGCAGACCUGAAGGACUAGCAUCAAUAGCACGAGACAGCCUGGAGGCAUCCAGGUGCACAGAGCAGCACUCUGGGCAGCGUGCCGAGAAGCCGUCGGGUGCCACGGUUUCUGAGAUGAGGCUCAGGGGCUCUUCUGUGGCCAGCUCCGUGGCCAGCGAGCCACGGAGCAGGAGCAGCUCGCUCAACUCCACCGACAGUGGCUCCGGGCUGCAGGCAGCGCCAGAGCCAGGGAAGGGCGGGCAGCCCGCCUCUCAGCGAUUCAGCACCAUCAGCUCGGAGGACUUUGAGCAGGAGCUCGUGGUGAAGCCGCUGAAAGUGAGAAAGAAGAGGAAGAAGAAGUCAGAAGGUGGAAGCCGGGUCUCCUGCCACAGCUCCCUCGAGUCAACCCCCUGCUGCGAGUUUCCGGGUGACAGUCCCCGGUCCUUGAGCACAGACCUGCUGUCCAUGACCUCGAGUUUGGGCAGCAUCGUGGACCGCUCCAGCACAGAGUCUGCUGACCAGGAGAGGAACCUCAGCGGAGAGGUGAAUGGUGUGCUGCAGGAAAACAGUGACCCCGAGGCGUUCAGUGUCCUGGAGGUGCCCGAACCUGCCCCUGACACACUGAAUGAAGGGAGUGCCGGUGGCGCUGAAAUCCCACGGCAGGACCACAUAGGCGGGAUGGAGCCUCGCGGGGGAGUGUGGACUUCGCUCUCGGAGCUGCGGGAGGCCGUGGAAGGUAGUGGUGUCACCGAACUGAGAGAGCAGCCUUGCUCCAUGGACGAUGGGCUGGAUGGCAGACAGUCCCCCGGGCGAGAACAGGCCCGGAGAGCAGCAGGGGACAUGGAGCCUGAUGACCCCCAAAGCACUUGUUCUGAAGCCCCCUUCCUGGACUCACCUCCGGUGCCUUCAGGCCCCAACUGGGCCCCCCAGGCCGAGCAGUGGCUGCCAGGGACCCGAGCAGACGAAGGCGGCGCCGAGGAUCAUGGCUUCCUGACGCAUGUGGAGGCCCCGGGCCACCUCGGCUCAUGUCUCCAGCGCACGGUCACUGACAGUGACACGGGCCUAAAGGAAAUAGCUGCCUCGGAAUAUGACGUGGGGCGUGCGGGAGGGUGGCUAAGACCCCUGGCCUCUGCCUCGGCGACUUGCACCCAGGAGCCUCGGCCUGAGCAGUCUUCCCGGGACCAGGGGCUGACGUCCAGUGACGAGGAGGACAUCUAUGCCCAGGGGCUGCCUUCCUCUUCUUCGGAGACGAGCGUCACAGAGCUUGGGGGCAGUCGCUCCCUACAGGACCUGAGCCAGCCCGGCGCGGAGGACCCCGGGCUUCUGAAGUCGGAUCAGUUUGCAGAGAGCUGGAUGGGGUACUCGGGCCCCGGCUGCGGCAUACUCAGCCUGGCGGUGUCGGACAAGUACCUCUGGUGCCUGGACUACAAAGGUGGCCUGUUCUGCAGCGCGCUGCCCGGCGCCGGCCUUCGCUGGCAGAAGUUUGAAGACUCCGUCCAGCAGGUGGCGGUCUCACCCUCAGGAGCCCUUCUCUGGAAGAUUGAACAGAAGUCCAACCGAGCUUUUGCUUGUGGAAAAGUGACCAUCAAGGGAAAGCGGCACUGGUAUGAGGCGCUGCCGCAGGCAGUUUUCGUGGCCCUGAGUGAUGACACGGCCUGGAUCAUCAGGACAAAUGGAGACGUAUACCUGCAGACAGGUCUCAGUGUGGAUCGCCCCUGUGCCAGAGCCGUAAAGGUGGACUGUCCGUACCCGCUGUCCCAGAUCACUGCCCGGAGCAGCGUGGUGUGGGCGCUGACGGAGCAGAGGGCUCUCCUGUUCCGGGAGGGCGUGAGCAGCUUCUGUCCUGAGGGCGAGCAGUGGACGUGCGACAUCGUCAGUGAGAGGCAGGCUUUGGAGCCAGUCUGUGUAACUCUCGGGGACCAGCAGACUCUGUGGGCCCUGGACAUCCGAGGAAACCUGUGGUUCAGGACUGGCAUCGUUUCCAAGAAGCCCCAGGGAGAUGACGACCAUUGGUGGCAAGUGAGCGUCACAGACUAUGUGGUGUUCGACCAGUGCAGCUUAUUCCAGACCAUAAUCCACGCCACGCACUCCGUGGCCACAGCAGCCCAGGUGCCCGUUGAGAAGGUGGCAGAUAAACUGCGCACGGCCUUCUGGUCCCAGCAGCUUCAGUGCCAGCCGAGCCUUCUCGGGGUCAACAACAGCGGCGUCUGGAUCUCCUCAGGCAAGAACGAAUUCCACGUCGCCAAAGGCAGUCUCGUCGGCACUUACUGGAAUAAUGUUGUUCCCCGUGGGACAGCUUCUGCAACAAAAUGGGCCUUUGUGCUGGCCUCCACUGCUCCCACAAAGGAAGGAAGCUCCUUGUGGCUGUGCCAGAGCAGCAAGGACCUGUGCAGCGUCAGCGCCCAGAACGCACAGUCCCGCCCCUCCACGGUGCAGCUGCCUCCCGACGCCGAGAUGAGGGCGUACGCGGCGUGCCAGGACGCCCUGUGGGCCCUGGACGGCCUCGGGCAGGUGUUCAUCAGGACGCUGUCCAGGAGCUGCCCCACAGGCUUGCACUGGACGAGGCUGGACCUGUCCCAGCUAGGACCUAUAAAGCUGACAAGUUUGGCAUGUGGAAAUCAGCACAUCUGGGCCUGUGAUUCCAGGGGCAGAGUAUACUUCCGGGUAGGAACCCAGCCACUCAACCCCAGUCUGAUGCUUCCGGCCUGGAUCUCGAUUGAGCCACCUGUCCAGCCCGCCGGGGUCACGUUGGUCAGCGUGUACGCCAGCCCCAACGACCAGAUGCUCUGGGCGCUCGACAGCAGGUGGAACGUGCACGUCCGGGCCGGGAUCACCGAAGAGAUGCCGGUGGGGACCGACUGGGAGCACGUGCCAGGGCUGCAGGCCUGCCAGCUGGCCCUGAGCGCCAGGACCGUGUGGGCCCGCUGCCCCAACGGUGACCUCGCCCGGCGCUACGGCGUCACCGACAAGAACCCUGCCGGAGACUACUGGAAGAAGAUUCCCGGGAACGUGACGUGUUUCACAGUGACCUCGUCGGACGAGCUGUGGGCAGUGGGCCCCCCCGGCUACCUCCUCCAGCGGCUGACCAGGACUUUCAGCCACUCGCACGGUGCCCACGGCGGCCACGCCACCGGCGCGCCCCGCGAGGACCUGGAGGACGAGUGGGAGGUCAUCUGACGGAGCGGCGGCCGGGCGGGGCGGCCCCCACGUGCUCUCUGCUGUGCUCAUUUCCGUGUCGUUCCAGAACCCGCGGCCUCAGCCCAGGGACCCCGAGCUGUUGCUCCGUCCCCCUCCGGCCGCUCCAGGCCCGCUAUGGGGACGGCCACGUGCGUAACCGCUGGCGAAACGGAGCCAGAGGUCAGCACGCUCCCGCCUCUGGGGGUGGCCCUGCGACCGCUUCAUUGUCCUCCCGGGGACGCGAGCUCUGGCACACGUUCCUUGCCGGACGUCCCGCUUGGGGAAGCGGGGCCGUGUGUGAGGGGCGGGUGCUGGGCUGUGCCAGGAUGCGGUGCACACGCACACACACACGCACAACAUGCACGCGCACGCCGCCCACACCCUCCCGACCGCCCCCCGGAAACACUUCAGCCCAAACGGUAAAGGCCAGUGGAUGAGACGGAACACAGAGGUGCCCGUGUUUCCGGGGCAGCGGAGGCCGGGGAGGCGCGGCCGGACGUGGGGGAGCCCGGCCUCGCUAGAAACUGCGAAGCGUGACUAGACGAGCAUCUAGCCAGCGCCGCCGGCGGUCCCGUGACGGCCAGAAGCGCCCCCGCAGGACGAGUCUACUAAUUACCGCCUGUUUUGUUCGCUGUUACACACCUGUGUAAGAUACCUCAACUUGAAAUCAACUCUGACAAAUUUACAGGAGAAACGUAUUUUCUGGAACCCCCCGGAAGGGUCUUCCGUUCCUUCGCGUGGUUCCCCCGAGCCUGCACUGUCCCCAGCUGCAGCGUCAGAGGGCGGGCGGCGGGUUGAUGCCCCCGGGAGGUUCGAGCUGGGGCCGCGCCGGGCGUCAGUCCGUGGGCUCAGGCCGCAGUGCCCACUCUCCUCGCUGGCACCUGGGCCACGGGGCUUGGUGGCCUGGCCAUGCGCCCGCCCUGGGCACCCCCCCUCCCCUGCCAGGCCGCGGAGCGAGCCGCCAGCCUCGCUGCCAUGUGUACCUUGCCUUUGGCCGCGGACCCAGUUACUCGAUGCUUGUUUUCUACUAAGCAAAUGUGCCCCGGGGGUCCCGGGCCACAGAUGAAGAGCGACAGGAGCGGGCCGCCGCGAGGGCGAGGUGUUCCAGGCCUAAGUGGGGACAAGACGCUGAGGUCCCAGACCCCCCCUCACACUUCACUUUUACAGAAUCCUUACUUUAAAAGUCUGGGGACGGCAGAGGCCGGCCCGGCUGGCUGCGGCCCCUCCGUGCACGUCGUGCCUUGUCCGGCUCCUCGCAGACGGCAGAGCUCUCGGAAGCCCGCGGGACUUUAGUGCAAUUAAACCCAUGUCUGGUUUGAUACUUUGAAACUACUUUUAGCUUCAGUGCUUUGUACGGUUUUUCGUUCCAGUUUUAAUUUUUAGUUGUGCUUUGAGACAGUGCAAUAAACUAGAUUUUUUUCCAAA